AUGUCGUCGAAAACCAGAGACCGACCACCUGCGAGACCCCAACAGAUGAACUCAUGCCCAAUGGAGCCCCAAAAACUCCCAUGCCCGCGCUGUGAAUCGACCAACACCAAGUUCUGCUACUACAACAACUACAACCUCUCUCAGCCCCGCCAUUUCUGCAAGGCUUGCCGUCGAUACUGGACCCGCGGUGGCACCCUCCGUAAAGUCCCCGUUGGCGGCGGAACCCGGAAGUCAUCCUCCAACAAACGCUCUCGCACCAUCACCGCUGAAUCAUCUUCUUCUGCAGAAACUGAUGACGCGAUACACGCUAACUCGGGUUCCAUGGCAGCCGAAACGGGUUCUGGAUCUGGGUCUGGGUCUUCUUUGUGUUGUGAUGUGAAUCUGAAUGAGCCCGUUUCAGGCAGUUCUACGUCUUCGUUGAAUACACAACAGAGGGUCGAGGUUGUGCCCUUUAGUGGAUUCGGUCAUGGGCUUGGGCACGGUUCGGGUCUUCAUGAAAUGGGAGAUGAAGCUGGUAUGUUUGACUGGCCCAUGGAACAAGGCAGCAAAGGUAACGGCAGCAGAGUUGGUGGUGGCGGUGCUAGGGGGUGUGGGACUGUUCUUGGGUUUCACCUGUUCGCAACACGUGGCAGGUUUGGACAUGGGUUUGACAAAAUGGAAGAAAAAAAGUCUUGA